AAUCACGGUGCACGCCGGACCAGAGUCAACCUCAAAAGACUCUAUAACCCCAUUAAGCCAAACCUGUGUACAAAAUCUUGUUUGAUAUUGCUGUAUGGAUGUGAUUUCCAUCAGAGUUCAAAUUUGAUAUAAAUAAAACAAAAUUCUGUGUUCAAGUUUAUUUGAUAUCAAAACAUGUGGUCAUUAGUUCUUUUCAUUGUUAUUGGACUGUUUGGGUCUGAAAGUUUUGUUGACGCUACUAAUUGUACAAUUGAAGCAAAAGGAAAUUUAAAUUUUCCCAAAGAUUUUAGUUUUGGUGUUGCGACAUCAGCUUAUCAAACAGAAGGUGGUUGGAAUGCAGAUGGUAAAGGGGAAUCAAUUUGGGAUGAAUACACACAUAAUCAUUCUGAUAGGAUCAAGGAUCGGACAAAUGGUGAUUCAGCAGCAGAAUCGUAUCGACUUUUCGAUUUGGAUUUGAAAGCAUUGAAGGAACUUGGGGUAAAACACUAUCGUUUUUCUAUAGCUUGGACUCGAGUAUUUCCAGAUGGACUUGUCCUUUCUAAAAAUCAAAAAGGUAUCGAUUACUACAACAGUGUUAUCAAUAAGCUUUUGGCAAAUAAUAUUGAACCCAUGGUUACAAUGUAUCACUGGGAUUUGCCUGUCGGAAUACAAAAGUUCGGUGGCUUCUCUAAUUCCUUGAUAAUUGAACAAUUCUCCGAUUAUGCAGAGGAACUAUUUAAAUUAUUUGGUGAUAGGGUUAAAACAUGGAUAACAUUGAAUGAACCACAUCAAAUUUGUAAACCAGGCUAUGGAAAUACAAAAUCACCGCCAAUGGUUGGAGCACCUGGAGUUGGUGAUUAUCUUUGUUAUACAAAUUUGCUUAAAGCCCACGGAGCAACUUAUCGUUUGUAUCAAGAGAAAUUUGCUAAAGAACAAAAAGGAAAAGUUGGUAUCUCUAUCGAUUGUGAGUUUGUCUUCUCUAAAACUAAUAAUACAGAUGAUGUUGCUCGUGCAAUGCAAUAUAAUAUGGGAUUGUUAGCACAUCCAAUUUUUAGUAAAACAGGUGAUUUUCCUCAAAUAUUAUUGAAAGAUAUUGAAAAAAGCAGUUUUAUGGAGGGAAGAAAAAGAUCUCGUCUUCCAAGUCUUGGUGAAUAUUGGACAAAAGUCAUAAAAGGAUCAUCUGACUUUAUGGGUCUCAACUAUUACACUUCAAGAUAUAUAAAGCCCGCUUCUGAACCGCAGGGUGAAAAUCCUUCAAUAGAAAGGGAUUACAAUUAUGAGAUAGAUACUGAUCCAAAUUGGCCAAAAGCAAAGUCAUUUUGGAUUUUUUGUAUUCCCGAAGGAUUGGAAAAAAUUUUGAAAUAUAUUCGAGAUGAAUAUGACAAUGUUGAGGUGAAAAUCACAGAAAAUGGUUGGUCAGAUGAUGGCGAGCUAAAUGAUGAUAAACGUCUUAAAUAUUUUAAGGUUAAGUAUAAAAAAUUAUAA